GUCAUCUUUCCAAUCCCAAAUAAUUCAAAAGCCAGUUAUCACUCCUUUUCAACAUCCACACACCCAAUUCAAUAAUCAUCAAGCUUUCCUAUUUCCACCCAACUCCCAAAAAUCCUCUCUUCUCUUCUUUCCUUUCUAUCUAUUGGGUUCUAGAAAUCCAUGGAAGAAUAUUCAGGUGCAGGCCAGCAUAGGAAACCCAGUAACCACAGCCACACCGAAAGCCACCAACACAGUACUCCUUCCUCAACCCAACUCCUCUCCAGUGCAAAGCUGGUAGCCGAGGCUGCUACUUCAGCCCUCCACCAUGAAACACAUAAGGUAGACAAAGCCAAGGUGGCAGGUGCCGCGGGCGAUCUGCUGGCUGCCGCUUCUCACUAUGGGAAGCUUGAGGAGAAGAGCUUUGGGAAAUACGUUGAGAAAGCUGAGGAGUAUCUGCACCAUUACCACUCUUCCAAUUCCGCGACAACCACUACCACAACACACUCCUCUUCAACUCAUCAUUCCGGUUACGGCAGCAGCGGAGGAGAUGGUGGUGAUGGAACUAAGUCUGAGAGUGGUUAUGGGGAUUACUUGAAGAUGGCCCAAGGGUUCUUGAAAAAGAACUGAGUCACUUCUUCUUUACUUGCAUUUUAUUAUUGUAAUGUGUUGGGUGUUUUAUGUGAAAUUGUAUUUUCCUGGGAUAUGCAAAUUGUGUUCACGGGGUUUCCAUUUAUACUGGUGGGGCCCAUGGGUAAGUGAUCCUGAUUGUUAGUCUAUUGGGACCAUCACCGUUGAUGGUCCAUGACUCCAAAAUCUCCUUUUGAUUGGAUGCUACAUGGAUGAUUUAUAUAAUUAGCGUCCAUAUAUUAUGUGGCCCAAUAGACUGUUGACAUAUAUCACUUGAACCAUGGGUCCAAUGCUCUGGACUGUUCCUUUUGUACAAUAUUCCGGAAUUCCUCUCUAGUGACUGUGUCUUUCUAUCUCUUGAUUUGACCAUACGGCACAAUGGUUGGUAUUUGAUAUAUUAUAUAUUUUUAUCUUUCCGUGUU